GAGUCUUCCCAUCCGUUCACGAACCUGCAACAGCCACCGUAAGCUUGAAGUCAGAACCCCCGAGCAGAGUGCUAGGCGUCAGCCUUUUUCCAGAAAAACUCAGACCACCGGAGAACUCCGUUAGUCGUGUUUCAGAAUAUCAGUUCGUACGCCAUCGAAGUCAUCAUCGUUUUCCGAUCACGAACAGCCACCUCGGUCCCAUUCGUCGAGGUUACCGUUCGAGCUUUCGAGGUUCGUUCGUCCAACCCGUCCUUCCGAAAUUCUCGAAGACGGGAAGGCAUUUGCAGCGCUAUAAUCAGGGAUUUCGUCAGGUUGUUGGAUGCAUACCUUAUAGAAUCAGAAAAACUAGCAGAUCCCCUUUAAUCCAUGGGACCCUUAUUGAAGAUGUAGAAGUCCUUCUUAUCAGCUCACAAAAAAGUCCAAGAAUGAUGUUCCCAAAGGGCGGAUGGGAACUCGAUGAAGACAUCGAAUUAGCCGCCUCAAGGGAGACGCUAGAGGAAGCCGGUGUGAUCGGCUUACUCGGGGAAAAAAUAGGCGAGUGGCGAUUCAAGAGCAAAAGCCAAGAGAAGUAUCACGAGGGCUCGAUGUUCCCCUUGUUGGUCACCGAGGAAUUAGACACGUGGCCCGAGAAAAGUGUUCGCCGACGAGUUUGGAUGAAGGUGAACGAGGCUAGAGAAGCGUGCGCUCAUUCAUGGAUGAAAGAAGCCCUUGAGUUGUUCGUUUGCCAGGUGGCGCCUCGGGAGGAGGAGAAGACAGCUUUGGGGUUGUGUAGGUUGGGGUUGUGCCGGGCGGAGGAUCACCUAAGGCUCUCGAUCGGGCCUCAAAAUGCUGAUCAUGAGGAUGUUGAUAGUUAUUUGAUAAGUUGA